AUGUGGGUCGUUUCAUCGCCCCCAGCGCUGCUGCAGGAAAUUCCACUGAGCCCGACUCUCAACAAGUUUUCAAGCAUCCGGACCCGCAAGGCGUUAGAGGAGGAGCUCGGGCUGAGCGCAGGGGACGCCAAGGCCGUGAAGCGGCGCACCAGCACUUCAAAGACAACAGCGGCAACGCAGUCCUGCACAAACUGGCCUACCCAUGCGCAGCCUCUCUGUCUAACCGCCCCCCAAACCCCCUUGCCCAACGGCUCACCGGCCCUAUCCGCUCUCGUUGUCCCUGCAAACCUCGCCCACAGUCCCACCAUCAUCCAUUUCCCCGCCCCCUCCUCUGUUCAUCCCACGUCGCGCCCAGGCAAAGGCAACCCUUCCCCACAUUGCAAGCGGCACAAUGUGAAUGUUGAAAACCCUCACAUCAUGCACGUGCUUGGAUGGAAAUGUGCAUGUAUAUUCAUGGUCCGCUACCGCAGGGCCGCGGGAACCAGCCAUCCCAACCAGGUCUCUACAAUGAAAAGCAUCAAGAGGAAACAUGUCCUCUCCCACAAAGAGCUCCAGCAUAAACUCCCUGAACAGAGCAUCUUCCAAAGGGUGGCUGAUGAGCCUGAAAGUCAUCCACUUAUUCUCCCAAGGUAG